GCCGUCUUCAUCGGAAUGAACUCAAAGCUAAGCCCGGUACGCGGCGUUUCGGCGUCAUCGAUGUGGGAGAGGCUCGACUCGAAUACCGAGAGCGUGGCAGUCUGUGUUCUUCCGCUGGCGAUGAAGGUAACUUUGUUUCCCAGUGAUGCGAGCUCUGGACUGACAAUCGAAGCAUUGGGGAUAUGUGUCCGUAGAGCGGCAGUGGAACCACAACCAAGUGUGGAGAAGCCAUGGAAUGCGAUGGGAGGACGAUCAUCGGGCUCACGACUUAACAGCUGGCCUUCACUCGGUGUGCUUUGGCCAACCACAUUUAUUCGAGGAGAGAAAUGCGUUGUCUGACAUGUUUCGAGGCUUUUACCGAAAAAGUUGGCUAGGAC